AUGGCAGGACUGUGCCACCUGCAGGGGGAGCUGACCAUUCGGGGCGCCCACGUGGCUGAGCUGAGAGGAAGCGUCCUGCGGGGACGGGCCCUGAGGUCCUGCAGGGGGAUCUGGGAGGCUUCGGCCCCAGGUUCUCGUGGAAGCCUGCUGUUCCCCCAGGGCCAGGAAACAGCAGGUGCCCAGCAGAGCGCCACGGUGGCCAACCCGGUGCCCGGCGCCAACCCGGACCUGCUGCCCCACUUCCUGGUGGAGCCGGAGGACGUGUACAUCGUCAAGAACAAGCCAGUGCUGCUGGUGUGCAAGGCCAUGCCCGCCACGCAGAUCUUCUUCAAGUGCAACGGGGAGUGGGUGCGCCAGGUGGACCACGUGAUUGAGCGCAGCACAGACGGGAGCAGCGGCCUGCCCGCCAUGGAGGUCCGCAUCAACGUCUCGCGGCAGCAGGUGGAGAAGGUGUUCGGGCUGGAGGAGUACUGGUGCCAGUGCGUGGCCUGGAGCUCCUCGGGCACCACCAAGAGCCAGAAGGCCUACAUCCGCAUUGCCUAUCUGCGCAAGAAUUUCGAGCAGGAGCCGCUGGCCAAGGAGGUGUCGCUGGAGCAGGGAAUCGUGCUGCCCUGUCGCCCCCCGGAGGGCAUCCCCCCCGCAGAGGUGGAGUGGCUCCGGAACGAGGACCUGGUGGACCCGUCCCUGGAUCCCAACGUGUACAUCACGCGGGAGCACAGCCUGGUGGUGCGGCAGGCCCGCCUGGCCGACACGGCCAACUACACCUGCGUGGCCAAGAACAUCGUAGCCCGGCGCCGCAGCGCCUCCGCUGCUGUCAUCGUCUAUGUGAACGGUGGGUGGUCGACGUGGACCGAGUGGUCCGUCUGCAGCGCCAGCUGUGGGCGCGGCUGGCAGAAACGGAGCCGGAGCUGCACCAACCCGGCGCCUCUCAACGGGGGCGCCUUCUGUGAGGGGCAGAAUGUCCAGAAAACAGCCUGCGCCACCCUGUGCCCAGUGGACGGCAGCUGGAGCCCCUGGAGCAAGUGGUCGGCCUGCGGGCUUGACUGCACCCACUGGCGGAGCCGCGAGUGCUCUGACCCAGCGCCCCGCAAUGGCGGCGAGGAGUGCCGGGGAGCUGACCUGGACACCCGCAACUGCACCAGCGACCUCUGCGUGCACACUGCUUCCGGGCCCGAGGACGUGGCCCUCUACGUGGGGCUCGUCGCCGUGGCCGUGUGCCUCCUGCUGCUGCUGCUCGUCCUCAUCCUCAUUUAUUGCCGCAAGAAGGAGGGGCUGGACUCAGAUGUGGCCGACUCGUCCAUCCUCACCUCAGGCUUCCAGCCCGUCAGCAUCAAGCCCAGCAAAGCAGACAGUCCCCAUCUGCUCACCAUCCAGCCAGACCUCAGCACCGCCACCACCACCUACCAGGGCAGCCUGUGCCCCCGGCAGGACGGGCCCAGCCCCAAGUUCCAGCUCAGCAACGGGCACCUGCUCAGCCCGCUGGGCGGGGGCCGCCACACGCUGCACCACAGCUCGCCCACCUCCGAGGCCGAGGACUUCGUCUCCCGCCUGUCCGCCCAGAACUACUUCCGCUCCCUGCCGCGCAGCACCAGCAACAUGGCCUAUGGGACCUUCAACUUCCUCGGGGGCCGGCUGAUGGUCCCUCACACAGGGGUCAGCCUCCUCAUCCCCCCGGACGCCAUCCCCCGCGGAAAGAUCUACGAGGUCUACCUCACGCUGCACAAGCCAGAGGACGUGAGGUUGCCCCUAGCCGGCUGUCAGACCCUGCUGAGUCCCAUCGUUAGCUGCGGGCCCCCCGGAGUCCUGCUCACCCGGCCCGUCAUCCUCUCCAUGGACCACUGCGGGGAGCCCAGCCCCGAGAGCUGGAGCCUGCGCCUCAAAAAGCAGUCCUGCGAGGGCAGCUGGGAGGAUGUGCUGCACCUGGGGGAGGAGGCGCCCUCCCACCUGUACUACUGCCAGCUGGAGGCUGGCGCCUGCUACGUCUUCACGGAGCAGCUGGGCCGCUUCGCCCUGGUGGGAGAGGCCCUCAGCGUGGCCGCCGCCAAGCGCCUGAAGCUGCUUCUGUUUGCCCCCGCGGCCUGCACCUCCCUGGAGUACAACAUCCGAGUCUACUGCCUGCACGACACCCGAGAUGCGCUCAAGGAGGUGGUGCAGCUGGAGAAGCAGCUGGGGGGACAGCUGAUCCAGGAGCCUCGAGUCCUGCACCUGAAGGACAGUUACCACAACCUGCGCCUCUCUAUCCACGACGUGCCCAGCUCCCUGUGGAAGAGCAAGCUCCUCGUCAGCUACCAGGAGAUCCCCUUUUAUCACAUCUGGAACGGCACGCAGCAGUACCUGCACUGCACCUUCACCUUGGAGCGCGUCAGCGCCAGCACCAGCGACCUGGCCUGCAAGGUGUGGGUGUGGCAGGUGGAGGGUGAUGGGCAGAGCUUCAGCAUCAACUUCAACAUCACCAAGGACACAAGAUUCACUGAGCUGCUGGCUCUGGAGAGUGAAGGGGGGGUCCCAGCCCUAGUGGGCCCCAGUGCCUUCAAGAUCCCCUUCCUCAUUCGGCAGAAGAUCAUUACCAGCCUGGACCCACCCUGUAGCCGGGGUGCCGACUGGCGGACUCUGGCCCAGAAGCUCCACCUGGACAGCCAUCUCAGCUUCUUUGCCUCCAAACCCAGCCCCACAGCCAUGAUCCUCAACCUGUGGGAGGCAAGGCACUUCCCCAGCGGCAACCUCAGCCAGCUGGCUGCUGCGGUGGCCGGACUGGGCCAGCCGGACGGCGGCCUCUUCACAGUGUCAGAGGCUGAGUGCUGAGGCCAGCCAGGCGCCACCACCUACACUCUCACCAGCUUUGGGACCCGCCAGGGACAGGCAGAAGCCGGACGGGGCCCCGCCCCUACACCGGGGGAGCUGCGAGGACGAGCCCCUCCUGGUGGACUCUGGCCCUUCACACUGGCCCUUCAGAC